UUGUCAUUACUUCUUGGCUUUCUCUCUCCUCCCUAUAAAAGUUUCAUUUAUAAAAAUGUAAAAUAAAAAACCCAUAUUUUCUCCAAUUCAUAUUUCAACUCCCCCUACCACCCCAAUAAGAUUUCUCUACACACCCACCAAAUUUUUUUUAGAGAGAGUAAUUUUGUAGAGAGAGAAAAUGGAAGGAUUACAAAGGUCAGCAAUGAGCUUCAGAAGGCAGGGAUCCUCUGGUUUGGUGUGGGAUGAUAAGUUGGUACAAGCAGAGUUGAAUAAAGAGAAAUCAGAAGGUGGAGAUGGAUCAUCAGUAGAUCAGAAAGGUGAUGAUCAGAACCCUGAAUUGAGAAGAAGUAAAUCAGACGGUGGAAACAGGCAAGCGUACCGAACUGUUAAGGUCGAGCAAGCAGAGGAUCCUCCCUCUCCAAGACUAUCUGCUUGUGGGUUUUGCAGUGUUUUUGGUAAGCCUGCUGCUAAUAAUAAUAAAAAUAUUAAUAAUAAAAAUAAAAUUGACAAGAAAAAAACUGGUAAGCCAAAGAAUAAAUAAUAUUCAUAAAGAUUUAGGCUUUUUUUUUUUUUAUGUAAAAUUGUUAUGAAUUUUGAUGGGAUUUAAUGUUUUGUAAUACUAUAUGAUAUGUAUAAAAUGAAAGCAUAUAUUAAAAUUCAAUAUAUCAUAUAGUUUUAGUUAGUGUUAUGUUAUGUUAUUUCCCAUCAUAUUCUAAGAAAAGAAAAAAAAGGGUUUCUUGUAAUUGAAUGUUUAUGGGAAGUUUGAGUCUUUUUUUUUUGUUUUUUCAAUUUUUAUUUUUAAAUUUAAAUUUCAAUAGAAGGAAUUGAAUGUAAUUUUGAUGUCCAAAUCUUUGUGUAUAUGACGAUGUUGAGUGUCCUACAAUGUACAAAACCUUUAUUUUUUGGGGUUA